UUAAUUUAUUUGAUUUACAAUUAGCCAAUUUUGUUAGUUUGCUAAACGAGUUAAGAAGUUGAAACUGAAAUUCAAAGCAAUAAUGGACAAAUGCAAGAUGAUACAUAGAAUUGGAUUACGGUUGCUAGCUGAUCAGCCUGGAAUACUUCAAAAUGUCAAUAGGGGCUCUAGUAAAAAAAGUGUCGCCUGUUUCACCACCCUGCAAACUCCUAAGAAACCAGUUCCAUUCAAUGAAAUGAAGAAGACAUAUAUAUGUAACACAAAAAGAUACUCAUCGUCAAAACCCAAACUGGAAAGUGUGGGAAAGUUUGAAACACCUAAAACAGAAGGAAGAUAUGAAACAGGUCAAUUGUUUCUUCAUAAAGUUUUUGGCUAUCGUGGAGUAAUUUUGUUUCCAUGGUCUGCACAGCUUUACGAAAGAGACAAGAGUGAUCAUACAGAUGGCAAGGAUAGAGUACCAGAAGAUGGCUCAUCAGGAAAACAAGUUAUUGCAAGAACUUUGACAUAUUAUCAAACAUUAGUUGACUCAAGAGAUUGUCCACAUAUUAAUGCUCAAAGCGAAGCCGUAACAUUCCUUGGUAACAAUGAAAGAGGUCAAUCAUUAUACACAAUUCCUGGUCUUGAUUAUGUCAGUCAAGAAGAUAUUUUACCUUAUACAACCUCUGAAAAAAUUCCGAUUCAUCAUGAGUUGUUCGAUAAAUUUUUAAGUUAUGAUCCAAAGUCUUCGAAGCUUCCUCAAGCGACAAAGACACUAAUAACAUGGCAAGAAAAGAAUCAUAUGUGUUUGGAACUGUCAAAAGUUCAUCAAGAAACUACCGGAGAUAUAAGAGUAACUGCGAUGCCAUUUUUUCUUGGUGCUAAGGAUAAUCAAAAUAUGCAUGAAUAUUGGUGGAGAUACCUGAUCAGGAUAGAGAAUUUUUCAAAUACGACUGUUCAACUGAGAGAGCGACAUUGGAAAACCUAUGAAGUUCAUACUGGGAGACUUGGCACAAUCAGUGGCAGGGGUGUGGUGGGAUUGGAACCAGUGUUAUCAAAACAACAGCCUGCAUUUCAAUAUAGCAGCCAUGUAUCGUUACAUUCACCUACUGGACAUAUGUGGGGAAUGUUCAGAAUGGAGAGACCUGAUGGUACACAGUUUGAUGUUAGAAUUCCCGCUUAUGCUCUUGAAAGUAAAAUUGAUCCAAACUCUGAUAAUGGACCACAUGGUUAUCACGGAUCAUAGACAAUUUUAUCACUGCUAUAUCGAUGAACAGUGAAACACUUUAGCACUCGUUCUAUGCUAAAGCCAUCUGAAUAUGAACUUGAAUUUUAAGUUGGAGGAUGUCGUCGCAAAAAUUAUUUCUAUGGAUCAUACAUGUGCCACUGUAACAGACUAAGGGAAUUUGGGGUUUAGCUAGUUAGUGAAUUUGAUUUGUCUAGGGGAAUUUUGUGUUUAUCUUGUUACAGGGAAUUAAAUAUUACUGUAAUAUGUAUGCAACAUUAUUCUAUGUGCAAUUUCUUUAUUUUAGUACACAUGAAUGAGAAGUUUUCAUCCCAGUCUUAAGACUAUGCUUCCUGCAUGACUCAGAAAUUGGAGUCGAAUAGCUUUGGUUUAUAGUAUUUUUAAGUGCCAUAAAAAUUGUUAUUCAUUUUUAUCGAAUCUUUGAAGUUUAUUGGUUUUCAGCCUUAUGCCUUAUACUCAAUAUUUGAAAAUGGCAAAUGUUGUUUUCCAUAUUUGCCAUGAUUUUAAAACAAUUACUUGUUUGCAUUGGGCACUGAUGUCUGACCUUGAGUGCUUCAUUGUCUGACGCUAAUGAUAUUUUAACUAUUUUGUGAAUUUAGA